AUGGUUGAAGCACAACUAUGGGAGGCUAAAACGAUAACAGGACUCAGUCCACUGGUUGGUUUUAUUGACUACAUUGUGCAUCCUUUGUGGGAAACUUGGGCAGACCUUGUGCAUCCUGAUGCCCAAGAGAUUCUGGACACAUUAGAGGACAACAGGGAGUGGUACCAAAACAUGAUUGCACAAACCCCUUCUCCUCCACCAGAGGACAAUGAAAAAGAAGGUAACAGUGGUGGUGAGAAGUUUCAGUUUGAACUUACACUGGAGGAGGAGAGAGAGUCAGAUUCUGACCAGGAGGAGACUGAGAGCCCUGUGGAGGAAGAUAACAGUUGCAGUGAUUCAAGGACCGCUGCAACAGAUGACUCUGAAUCGGCAGAGCUUCAAGGCAGCUAUGAAGGAACCGAAGCAUCAUCUCCAACAGACUUGUGCAAAAAUGCAGCAGAUAGGUCCUUAACAGACUCCUCAGCCAAGGGUUACCUUAGUCAAACCCAAAUCAUUUUAACAAGCCAGAAGGAAUCCCCACACAUAGACAAUAGGAAGACCAAUGAAAGAACUCUUUCACAAGAUGAAUCGGGCACUUCAGUGUUACAGACAGUCAAGAAGACAAGCAGUACAAGGGAGACAGAGUAUUGCAUAGAUCAGGAGGGGAACAUCACUUUCCUCUCACUGGACACAUAAUGAUUGCCUAGGAUACCCUUUGCAAUGGUAAUAGGUAGUGAACAUUGCAGUGUAUUUGGUUGUUGUUGGAAAGGCAGCUGAAAUAAUUUUUGGGCGGGGUUAAUAUACUAUUAAUUUCUCAGUAAUAAUGAUACAUGAAAGAGUAAUGGUGCAGCACAGAUCAGACUUCCCCCAUACCAGCUCUCUCAAAGUAUGUAACAGAGAUGGCCCACAUAUGGAACAGGAAUUUCUAUGAAAAGAAGUACUUUUUUUUGGAAAAGCUGUUCUUUGUAGACCAAAACCACACUGCAGUAAACGUUUCAGAAUAUACAUUUUAAUAUUUGGGAUUAGAUGAUUGAAUUGUGAGUGGCAGGAAUGAGCAACAACCCUGGAGCUCCAUUCAGAAGGUCACAGUAGGACUGGGCAGGACAUUGCGAGUGGAAUAGUGGCCAGAGAAGUGGCAAUUCUUGAUGUCUUCCUUUGGGUAAGAUCCAUCCUGCCCCAAAACAGGGUCUUAUGACUUUUUGUGACAGAAAGUACUUACAGCAAUGGAUCCCUAAAACAUAACUGAUUUUUUUUCCAGUUCAUCAUUGUUUCACAAGGAUUUUGCUUUAUUUUACCUCACUCACUGUUUUAACUAGAAUUACAGAAAUGUUCACUACACUGAACUUGCAACUGCCAAAUAUUUAUAGUACCUGAAUAGACAACUACACGUGCAAACACCUCAGGGCAUAAAUGAAUACCAUACUUAUUGGCAAAGUUUGCAGACACUGAUGUGACUGGGUAUCCCUGCUUAUCACAGCUGACUUGGAGAACUGGACUUUGUAGUUUUCUUUUCUUUAAACUAGAGUAACAUCUUUAUCCAUACCUUCAUACUACUGGUCACAAGAAAAGCAAAGCACUGUGGUUUCUUGCAAGACUUCCUUGUUAAAUAUUAAAUCUCUUGGCACCUGUAGAUGAAUUACUGUAAUCACACUUAACAUGUUUUAUUCAUUUGCAUAUUUGUUUAUUACAGGCCUUCAAGUCAUUUGUAUUUUGAAUCGGUGAACCUGCAUUUCUGUUUGUGUUAUCCUGGAGGACAUAAGCCAGACUUUUGUCAGUUUUAAGCAAUACCUUUCCAUUCUGACCCAGGUCUUGCACCUACACCUUCUGUAAUUAAUACCACAUGAAUCCAUAUAUUUAUGGGGAACCUGAGAUGUAGCCUUACUAUUUGCAGAGUGUAUCUGCUUGCCCUUAAUGAGAAGAUACAGUACAUACCAGAGUGGGUAGUAGCCAGAAGGUGUAUAAUUUCUAGGCUAAGGGCAGUAUCUGUGGCAGAACAAAUGACCAUAGACUAGAUGAAAGAGAAAGUGUCACUCCCAUUUUCUAAGCUUUGACCUGUGCAGUACAAGGGUCAGCACCACAUUUGAGGACUUUGGUAAUCUUUUGAAGAUACACUGGCAUCAGUAAAGCAAGGGAAGGACUUUGAGAUUAUUGUAACAAACACCCUCACAUCUUAAAGCAGCAUACCAGGACAACACUUUAUGCACCACCUUACAAAGACCAUCCUCUUAAUAUGGUAGUGGUAUAAGAGAUGUGUCAGUCUAUCAGCUCAGUAGUACCGUGC